GGUUGGCAAGAAGCCACAGAUGCUUUGUAUGCUUCAAGGAAAGGAUUUCAUAAUACUUCAAUGGUGUAUUGUAACUUCUUAAACAAUCUACAAGAGAAGAAGAAAUGGGGAAUCUUGCGCCCCGUGAUAAGUUUUCUACAGUCAGAGAUUGGGUAUUUUCAAAUGGGAUCUGAGAUAUGCAAGAAAGACAUUGGAGAGACUUUGACCAAACUUAAUGAAAAUUUAACAAAGUUAGAGGAGCAAGCCCGUGAGAAGCGGGACCUAGAUGUUGAGCGUAUGGACAGAUUGGAUGCUGGAAGCACAAGAUCUUACAUCCCGGAUCCUCCAUCCUCCAUGGACUUCCCGGAUCUUGCAGUGGAUCGAUCGCGGACACAAAUCAGCGGAUAUUUAUUUUAUAGAAGUCGAGGUGGUUUACUAUCCCAAUGGCAUCGAAGUUACUUCUUCACUCAAGGUGGGAACUUAAUGCAACAAUCCAAACGUGAGGUGGCCGGCCAAUUAUUUCUUGAUCUUGAUGCUUGUACAGUGGAUCGGAUCGAUACAGAUGACCGAAGGAAUGCUUUCCAGGUGACAUCAUCAGACAGCAGGCGUGUAGUUGUUUUACAAGGUGAAAGCAAACAUCAGUAUGAGGAGUGGAUGGCCACUAUUGGUAAUAUAUCGGCUGGUUUAUAUCUACAUGAUGAUCCACAGGCAGCUGCUGUAGAAACACAGAAGCAAGAUACUGCUGUGGUUGAAACUACAAGAGCUUUAAAUACUGAAGAGUCGAAACCCCCCAACCAAUCUGAACCUCCAGAUCGCAAAUCAUCAUCUCGUGGCUCGAGCUUCGAAACUAAACACGAGUCGUUACGUCCGUCCAUGUUUGAGAGAAUCAAACUUGCCGCGUCAUCGCUAAUUAAUUCUGAUGAGUCAUCGCCACAGGAGCAUACUCUAGCUCCCCCUAGUGAAGGAAGUGGUGACGGAAGCCUCGUAAGCCAAGAAAUGAAGAUCGAGAUAAAAGAACCGAUUCUGUUUGAUCUUCCGUCACCAUCCGUUACUACCAAUCCUACCCCUGUUAAAACUACACCACCAAGUGAUGAAGCGCCUGACCCCAUUAAACCCAGCAGUGAUGCACAACAACAACACAACAGUGUUGCCGAUAAUCUAACAGAAGAAUCAGCUUUUAAAGCCAUGUUUGUUGUGCGAUUCUUGGGCUGUAAGCGGGUUGACCCGGACUGCGACUUGGACAACUCGAUAUCGGAGACGCUUUGGAAA